AUGCGGCUCUACGUGUACGUGCUCGAGGCGCGCGGGCUUCCAGCCCCGCGCCGCGGCCGCGGCGGUGGUGGCGUGCUGUUCUACGCGAAGGUGACGGUGGGGAAGCAGCGGUUCCGGACGCGGGCGGUGGAGGCGGCGGAGCUGGGCGGCGCGGCGGCGGCGGCGGCGUGGAACGAGGAGUUCGUGUUCGCGGUGGGGGCGGCGGACGGAGCUGCUGGGGACGAGGAGGAGUUCGAGGUCGCCGUGGCGCGGCGGCGGCGGGGAGGGAGCGGGAGGGAGGUGGUGGGCACGGUCAGGCUGCCCGUGCCGCCCGCCACCGCUGCUGCUGCCCCGGGGGAGAGGCGGUGGCGGUCCGUGCCGCCGACGUGGUUCACGCUGCGGCUGCCGCCCGAGGGCGGAGGCGGACGGCGGAAGGGCGUCGUCGACGGCGGCGGCGACGAAACCGCGGCGGAUUGCGGGAAAAUUCUCCUCAGCUUUUCACUUUAUGGAGAAAACAAUGACAAUUCUGUCGUCCACAUGUCCCCUUCUUCGAGCUCCAGAAGCUACACCGAUGCUGAAGUGGAGAGAUCACUUGAUAUGGAACAUUCAAGUUCUAAUGGUGGGGUGGUUGAUUCUCCCAGGAGCCAUGACACAGAGCGGACUUCUCUAGAUAACUCUGACCAUUUCAUACAUGAAGAUUCCAACUCAAUUACUGAAGUUGAUGACCUAGCAGAGACUAGUACGGCAACAGCAAAUGGUGCGAGUGACACCGAACAUAUGGCUCCAGAUGCCAGCUUUGAAGAAGCUACGGAGAUCAUGAAAUCUAGAAGCACACCGGAAAUGCCAGAAGAUCUUGACGGCAGCAUCAUAUUUGAGCAUACUUACCUUGUGGAGUCAAAAGAACUGAACCAUCUUCUGUUCAGACCUGAUUCUCAGUUCUUGAAAGAUCUGCGUGAACUUCAAGGUACCAUGGACUAUGAGGAGCAGCCGUGGACAUGGAAGAGCAUGGAUCCUCCUAGCUUAACUAGGACAUGUCAAUACACCAAAGGCGCAUCAAAGUUUAUGAAAGCUGUCAAGACUAGUGAGGAGCAGACCUAUCUUAAAGCAGAUGGCAAGAAUUUUGUGAUUAUGACUCGUGUUCGUACUCCUGAAGUGCCCUUUGGGAACUGUUUUGCAGUUGUUUUGCUCUACAAGAUAAUCCACAGCACCGGGUUAUCAGGAGGUGAAGAAAGCGCGCAUCUGACUGUAUCAUACAAUGUAGAGUUCCUUCAGAGCACCAUGAUGAGAAGCAUGAUUGAGGGGUGUGUUCGAGAUGGGUUGAAAGAAAAUUUCGAAGGUUUUGCUGAAGUACUGUCUAGGCAUGUCAAAAUGGCUGAUUCUGUAGGGAUGGAUAAAGAGCAGUUGCUCGCACCAUUGCAGGUAGAACACCAGUCAGAUAUCAGGCGUGCUUACAAGUAUUUUUGCAAUUUCACUGCCAUUUCGACAGUGCUAUUUGCACUAUAUGUUCUUGUGCACAUCUUUCUGUCAAAACCAGGCCCAAUCAUGGGCCUCGAGUUCAAUGGCCUAGAUCUACCUGACUCAUUCGGAGAGCUGAUCACAGCGGGUAUACUAGUCCUUCAAUUACAGCGUUUACUGAAUAUGGUCGCUCAUUUUGUAGAGGCAAGGUUAGAGAGAGGAAGUGAUCAUGGGGUUAAAGCAAAUGGUGACGGUUGGCUGUUAACUGUAGCUCUGCUAGAGGCUACAAGCUUGCCACCCGUUUCAUGUGGAUCAGUUGACCCUUAUGUUGUGUUCAGCUGUAAUGGCAUAACAAGAACAAGUUCUGUUCAACUUCAGACUCAGGAACCUCAAUGGAACGAGAUAAUGGAAUUUGAUGCCAUGGAAGAACCACCUGCCGUGUUGGAUGUUGAAGUUUUCAAUUUCGAUGGUCCAUUUGAUUUGGCUAUUUCCCUUGGACAUGCUGAAAUUAAUUUCCUGAAACACACAUCAGUAGAACUGGCAGACAUAUGGGUGCCCCUGGAGGGAAAACUUGCCCAGACAUGUCAGAGUCGGUUACAUUUGAGAGUAUUUCUAGAGAACACAAAAGGACCGGAGACAUCGAUGAGAGAAUACCUGAGUAAGAUGGAGAAGGAAGUUGGUAAAAAGUUGCCUGUUCGGUCGCCUCACAGAAAUUCAACAUUCCAGAAGCUUUUUAAUCUGCCAGACGAAGAAUUCCUUAUAGCAGAUUAUGCAUGCUCCUUGAAAAGAAAUCUGCCUUUGCAGGGGAGGCUGUUUGUGUCCUCCAGAAUAGUUGGUUUCUAUGCUAAUUUGUUUGGACACAAAACAAAAUUCUUCUUUCUGUGGGAAGACGUGGAGGAGAUCGAAGUGCUACAGCCAUCUUUCACAACCGUAGGCACCCCAUCGCUACUGUUUAUUCUGAAGAGUGGCCGGGGACUCGACGCAAAGAGUGGUGCAAAGUCCCAAGACAAGGAAGGGAGACUGAAGUUUCAGUUCCACUCUUUUGCAUCGUUCAGCAAGGCUAGCAGGACAAUAAUUGGUCUGUGGAAAACGAAAUCGUCGGCCAUUGAACAGAGGUCCAAACUGGAAGGAGAUCGUGAAGAAGAUGCGAGCUCCGUUGAUCUUGAUGCUGUUCAAGCUGUGUUGAGCAUUGGAGACGUGCCUCUCUCGAAGGAGUAUACUUUGGAACACCCGAUUGACGCUGAUGUGCUCAUGGGUGUGUUCGACGGGGGAGCCCUGGAGACGCGGACGAUGAGCCGGGUCGGGUGCCUCGACUACUCCGCGACCCCCUGGGAGGCCGCGAGGCUGGGCGUCCUGGAGCGGCACGUCAGCUACAAGUUCAACCGGUACAUGUCCAUCUUCGGCGGCGAGGUGGUCAGCACCCAGCUCAAGUUCCCGGCGGAGGACGGCGGCGGGUGGACCAUACACGACGUCGUCACGCUCCACAACGUCCCCUUCGGCGACUACUUCCGGGUCCAUCUGAGGUACAACGUGCAGAGCGCCACGUCGGAGGCGCCGAGCAGCCGGUGCGAGAUACUGGUCGGCAUCGAGUGGUUCAAGAGCAGCAAGUUCCAGAAGAGGAUCGCCAGGAACAUCUGCGAGAAGCUGGCGCACAGGGCCAAGGAGGUGCUCGAAGUGGCCGGGAAGGAGAUAGCCUCGGCCGUAUCAGGCUAG